AAGAAAACGCAGGCAGCUGGCAUGUCCUGCUAUAGUAUGUCACUCGAAUUUAUUCUUUUUUUCUCUAACAAUUUAUAGGCAUCAAAAAAGGAUACAAGCAGAACAAGUUAGCCCUUUUAUUCCCUCUCAGAUAAAAGAGUAAAGGAAAAAUGGAAGACGCUGCUGCUGCUGCAUCAUCAGCUGUAGUCGUGGAAGAAGAGCGCCUCGACGUUCUCAACAAAACCGGUCAAAAAACCGGCAUUUCGAAGCCCAGAGGAGAAGUUCAUAGAGAUGGAGAUUACCACAGAGCAGUUCACGUGUGGAUUUACUCCGAAAGCACACAAGAAUUGCUUCUUCAACGUCGCGCCGAUUGCAAGGAUUCCUGGCCAGGCCAAUGGGAUAUCUCAAGCGCUGGCCAUAUUUCUGCCGGCGAUUCUUCACUUGUGUCCGCUCAGAGAGAGCUUCAGGAAGAGCUAGGCAUUAGCCUUCCAAAGGACGCGUUUGAACUUAUUUUUAUUUAUCUUCAAGAGUGUGUUAUAAAUGAUGGGAAAUUCAUCAAUAAUGAGUUCAAUGAUGUGUAUCUUGUGACAACUGUAGAUCCGAUUCCUCUUGAAGCAUUUACUCUUCAGGAAACAGAAGUAUCUGCUGUUAAAUACAUUUCGUUCGAGGAAUAUAGAAGCUUACUUGUCAAAGAAGAUCCUGAUUAUGUGCCCUAUGAUGUAGAUGAACAGUAUGGCCAACUCUUUGAAAUCAUUAUGAAAAGGUACACAGAGAACACUGUAGCGCGCAGUUUGAGUCUACAAAAGCAACUCUGUCGAUAUGCUUCUGUUUCUCUGGAUGCUGAGUUGACAGGUCUAUCAAAUACAGACAGGAAGACUCUUGGUUUACUUAUAAAGGCUGCAAAACUUAUGGAUGAAAUAUUCUACCUUCAGGUUUGGUACAGCAAUCCAGCUCUAAGAGAUUGGUUGAAGGAGCAUGCUAGUGCAUCAGAAUUAGACAAGCUCAAAUGGAUGUAUUAUUCAAUUAAUAAGAGCCCCUGGUCCUGUCUUGAUGAAAACGAGGCUUUUUUAACAACCACAGAUUCAGCCAUCAAGUUACUUCCUGAAGCCACGAAGCCAGUCAGUGGAUGGAAGGGUCUGGAAUAUAAAGCAGCAUUUCCCAUGCUAAAACCACCUGGUGCAAAUUUUUACCCUCCAGAUAUGGACAAAAAGGAAUUUAAAUUAUGGAAUGACAGUCUGACAGAGAAAGAACAAAAUGAUGCAAUGGGCUUUUUCACCGUCAUCAAAAGACACAGUGAAUUUAGUUUGGAUUCUUCUUCACCUAAUCAUGCAGUUCAUGGGACAAAUCAUUUAAUGACUGCCCAUGAUCUAUAUAGUGUUCCUUACUCAAAGGAGUAUAACUCCUUCCUUAGAAAAGCUGCAGAACUAUUGCAUGAAGCUGGGGACUUGGCUGGCUCACCUAGUUUGAAGAGGUUACUACAUAGCAAGGCUGACGCAUUCCUCUCAAAUGACUAUUAUGAAUCAGAUAUAGCCUGGAUGGAAUUGGACUCCAAGCUGGACGUUACCAUAGGUCCAUAUGAGACGUACGAGGAUGCAAUUUUUGGCUACAAGGCAACAUUUGAAGCAUUCAUUGGUAUCCGGGAUGACAAAGCAACUGCUCAACUAAAAUUGUUUGGUGAUAAUUUGCAGUUUUUGGAACAAAAUCUUCCAAUGGACAGUGCAUACAAAUCAAAAAAUGUCAAUGCUGCUCCCAUUCGGGUCAUCCGGCUUCUUUAUAAUGCAGGGGAUGUAAAGGGUCCUCAAACUGUUGCUUUCAAUUUACCAAAUGAUGAGCGUAUAGUAAAAGAUCGAGGAACUUCAAUGGUCAUGCUGAAGAAUGUUUCAGAGGCAAAGUUCAAGCAUAUUCUUCAGCCCAUAGCUGAUGUUUGUAUUAGCAAGGAACAAAAAGGAUUGGUAGAUUUUGAAUCUUUCUUUACGCACACUAUAUGCCAUGAGUGCUGCCAUGGUAUUGGGCCUCAUACUAUCACACUUCCAGAUGGCCAAAAGUCAACAGUAAGAAAGGAGCUUCAAGAACUCCACUCUGCUUUGGAAGAAGCAAAAGCUGAUAUAGUUGGCCUUUGGGCCCUAAAGUUCUUAAUCAACCAGGAUUUACUUCCUAGGAGUCUGGUAAAAUCUAUGUAUGUUUCAUUCCUUGCGGGAUGCUUCCGGUCAGUUCGUUUUGGUUUAGAGGAAGCUCAUGGGAAAGGACAAGCACUGCAAUUUAACUGGAUGUAUGAGAAAGAAGCCUUCAUCUUGCAUCCUGAUGAGACAUUUUCUGUUGAUUUUGCCAAGGUUGAAGAGGCUGUUGAAAGCUUGAGUAGGGAGAUACUCACCAUACAGGCAAAAGGUGACAAGGAGGCUGCAGAUUUGCUGUUACAGAAAUACUGUAAAAUGACACGGCCAUUGAAACAUGCUCUGGAAAAAUUAGAGAGUGUUCAGGUCCCUGUGGAUAUAUAUCCCAUAUUUUCCACUGUUAAUGAAAUAUCAGAGUAAAGGUAGCGUCUCGGGAUUAGGCCAAUCCCUUCGUUUUCUAGCCAAGCUGAUUAAUAAGUGAAUGGCAAUAAGUGGACAGUGCUGCCACAGUACCCUCAAUGUUUCCAUCAAUUAAAUCAGCAACGUUGUUGUCUUA